CAACCUUUUCAAACUUUUUUUUUUCCUUCAUUCAUUUUUCAUUUAUAAACUAUGGCUAUGCCUCGAAGUUUAUUCAUUACUCUAGCUAUUUUCUUGGGAUUCCUUUCAGGUUCAUAUGCAGCGAAAUUCAGAAUCAGCAACGAAUGCAUCAGCACAGUUUGGCCAGCAAUUGUCGCAAACUCCACUUCCACCACCGGCUUUUCCCUCCAACCAGGGAAGUCCUACAUGGUUACUAUGCCCACCGGUGAAGUAAAGGUAUGGGCCAGAACCUUUUGUUCUUACAGUAUUGCUGGAAAUUUCUCUUGUUUCACUGGGGAUUGCAGCUCCUCAAACAUAGAUUGUCGCGGUGGCAACGCAAACCCCAAACCCCCUGUUACUCUGGCCGAGUUCACUCUGAACGGUUCCUAUGGGCUCGACUACUACAAAGUGAGUUUGAGGGAAGGUUUCAACCUCCCCAUGAGUAUCGAACCUGGGGGGAGCUGCAGAUCGACUGGUUGUGGGAGGGACUUGAACCAAAAGUGUCCCACAAAGCUGAAGGUGAUAAUAGACGGUGGGGACGUGGUGGGCUGCCAAAGUUUGUGCCAAGCUCAUGAGACGUGUAAGUCCACCUUGUUUUCCGAGUUUUCAAAGACCAAAUGCCCCGAGGCUUACCAACAUGGCUCCUUUACCUGUGCGUCUGCUCAAUAUUAUACAGUCACUUUCUGUCCUACCUCCUCAAGAAGUUCGAAGAAUGCAGAAAAAGAAAAGAAAUCUCCAGUAGAAAAUUCGGGAGGUCAAGUGCAAGGCUCACUCUACGUCCUCCUCCGGCUAUUAAAAAAGUAUGUGGUGCCUAUUGUUGCUGUCACCGUGUCAGUUUCUUUGUUCAUUACCUUCGCCUGUAUUUGUUUUCGAUGUAGAACAUGGUACAGCUCACCAAACAGACAAUGGGGAAUGGAAAUGGUCAUGGGACAAACUAGUACUACAGCUGAAGCCCUCGCCCGCAACCAACAACAUGUCUAUGCUGAGAUGGUUAAUUAAUAAGAUUCUGUUUGCUUCAAUGAUUUGAAAGUCUACUUAUAGUUUAGGUUUUCUUUUUAAUUAAUUGUUGUCUAUAGAUUAUGAAACUCUGCAAGAUUUGAAAGUACAGGUUUAUUAAUUGGUGAUGUAUAUUAGUCAAUGUUGUUUAUUGUAGACGGGCUACUCCCUUUUAUA